ACGGCAUCCCGCUGUCGCCCAGGCUGGCCUCGCUGCCGCCCCCGGCGCCUGGCGACGGGCCGGCCCCCUCCGACGGGAGAUCGCCGGACCCGCCGGUGGAGGUGCUGUGGCAGCGGCCAGCAGGCGGCGCGCCGCGCGCCGUCUUCCUCCUGGCGCACGGCUGCCGCCACGCGGGCACGGACUUCUGGCCCGCGGGGCCCGGCUGCGAGGGCUGCCUCGGCCUGCCGGAGGAGGUGCGCAUCCUGCGCGCCGCGCUCGCCCGCGGCUUCGUGGCCAUGGCGGUGACGAGCGUGGACCGGAUGUCCGGCUGCUGGGUCCAGGAUGGAUCGACGGGACUUCGCCCGCGUCGAGGCCGCCGUCGCCCACGUCUACGAGGCCGAGGGGCUCCCCACCGCGCUGCCCCUCUACGCUUUCGGCGCCUCGUCCGGCGGAGCGCUCGUCGGGGGGCUGGCGCGCUCGGUGGUGCUCGGGCCCUCGCGCUUGAGGUGCCGCAUCCCGCAGAUCAUGCGCGUGCCGGGCCACGCGGACUUCUCGCGGAGGGGGGCCAUGGGUGACCUGGAGGGCGCCGCCGACGCUCUUCGUGCACAUGCCACGCGACGCGCGCACGGCGGUCCGCAUCUGGGAGGAGGGCUUGCCACCCCUGCGUGCCGCCGGCGUGCCCGCCGCGGAGCUGAGGUGCGAGCCGCAGCGCGUCUCCGACGGCUUCUUCGCGGGGCGCAUCGCCGGCGUCACCCCCGCGCAGUCCGCGGCGAUGGCCGCGGCCCUGCGCGGAGGGGGGCUGCUGGACGAGGACCAGGGGACGGGCUGCUGGCUGCCGACCCGCGGAAGGGCGCGGAGUGGCGGGAGGCGCUACUCGCCACGGGCGUGCCCCAGGAGCUGGGAGAUUCGCUGGAGGCCGACGCCAGUGCCAUCUGCGAGGAGAUGAACGUCGCGUGGGCCUCGCACGAGAUGUGUUCCACGUUCGCGGAGGAUCGGGGGAUGCUGGACUUCUGCGAGGACCCGGCGGGCGCGUGCGCGCGGCACGGCAUGGACUGCGGGGGCGGCCGAGCAGCCGACGCCGCAGCCACGAGGUAGCGCCCUCUGCCGCGGCCGCCGGCGCCGCAGGGCGGAGCGCUGGAGGCCGCCGUUCCAGGCCUCUUGCCAUGGCAGCGGCGCCGCAGCCGUGCAGGGCAGGAGAAGCUGCCAGCCGCGCGGCCGGCGCGCCCCGCGCGGACACAUCCGCGCGUCGGCACGGCGACAAAGUCAGAGGAGC